CAGGGUCACUGCCGGGGGUUGGGUGGCGGGGUAGGUUGUUCCUGAGGUGGGAGGCGGCACCCGGGGCUGAGCAGGGGGCCCGCGAGCGACAUGUCCCCGGCGGUUGAGGCGAAACGGCCUGUGGCGCUGUCUGAUUGAGUCCGGGACGCCUUGGCGGCCGGCCGAGGACGAGGGUCGGCGGGGGCUGUCCUCGCAUUGGUGGCCGCCAUGCUGAGGCCCUGGGCGGCUGAAGGAGCCGCUGUGGCGCUUCUGCGACUGCUGCUGCUGCUGCUGCUGCCGGCGCUCCGCGAGCCCGGGCUCGGCGUGGCUGGGGCCGACCUGCCCGAGAGCGUCAUUUGGGCCGUCAACGCGGGCGGCGAGGCGCAUGUGGACGUGCACGGGAUCCACUUCCGCAAGGACCCUUUGGAAGGCCGGGUGGGCCGAGCCUCAGAUUAUGGCAUGAAACUGCCAAUUUUGCGUUCCAAUCCUGAGGACCAGAUCCUGUAUCAAACAGAGCGGUACAAUGAGGAGACUUUUGGCUAUGAAGUGCCCAUCAAAGAGGAGGGGGACUACGUGCUGGUGUUGAAAUUUGCCGAAGUCUACUUUGCACAGUCCCAGCAAAAGGUAUUUGACGUACGACUGAAUGGCCAUGUCGUGGUGAAGGACUUGGAUAUCUUUGAUCGUGUUGGACACAGCACAGCUCAUGAUGAAAUCAUCCCUAUGAGCAUCAGAAAGGGGAAACUGAGUGUCCAGGGGGAGGUGUCUACCUUCACAGGGAAACUCUACAUUGAGUUUGUCAAGGGGUACUAUGACAAUCCCAAAGUCUGUGCACUCUACAUCAUGGCUGGGACGGUGGAAGAUGUACCAAAGCUACAGCCUCAUCCAGGUUUGGAGAAGAAAGAAGAGGAAGAAGAAGAAGAAGAAUAUGAUGAAGGGUCUAAUCCCAAAAGACAGACCAAUAAGAACCGGGUGCAGUCCGGCCCCCGCACACCCAACCCCUAUGCCUCGGACAACAGCAGCCUCAUGUUUCCCAUCCUGGUGGCCUUUGGAGUCUUCAUUCCAACCCUCUUCUGCCUCUGCCGACUGUGAGAAUAAAUGACCAUCCUGAGCAGGGUGGAGGGAUGUGGGGAAGAAACCAAACAUGUUGGUUUUGGUUUCUAUAGUUUUCACAGUGAUUUACAACCCCCCCCCCCCAAAAAAAAGCAAAAGAAAAACCCAAGACACAAAAGGUAAAGGAGAUAAAAAGAGGCAGAGUGAGUGGAGAAUAGCUUUUAUCCACCACCUGGUCCCAGACCUGCUUCAGUCCUAGUCUUCUCUCUGUGGCUGGCCCCCAGCUGUCUCUUUCUCUCUGGGGUACUUAGGGUAAAUGGGUCCUUCCCAACAAGGAUCCUCAUUUAUAUACGUAGUGGAAAGGACUCUGAACUCAGAGCAGUCUCAGUUCCUUAUUUAGAUUAGAAUUUAGCAGCAAGGAAAUGUUAUCUUUAUUACCUGAGAAGAUCAGCAAGGGGAGCUGGAUAUGUUCUGAAGUCAUGGCCACAUUUUCAGAUGUCCUGGGAUUCAAGAAUGUGUUUGUGAAGGUGUAUAAGCUGUAUGGUAAAGACAAAAGUAAUUGAAAACAUUUUUAAAAAGUAAAUGCUUCCUUACUUGGAAGGCUUUUUCUGGAUUAAUCCAGUGACGGGUCCAUCUCAAGUAUUUGAACUUUAUCAUUACUUAUCUCCUUGACAUGUGCUAGUUAGAGGACUGUCUGGUAUCCGAGACGAUUAGAUUAGUUUAUGUCAGGUCCUCAGACUGCCUCUGACUUGUUACCACAGCAAAUCGUUUUUAUUUCAGUGCCUGUUGGGGACUUGCUUUCUUUUUAAUUUUUUUUCUUAAUCUGGCUCAUUUAGAAUUUCUGCUCCCUGUUAACCAUCCCACUAAGUUAUUACCAAAAAGGGAAGGAGACGUGGGGAUUUCGUUCUCUGUUUGAAUGUCUUAUCCUGAACCACCUCACCUUGUUGGUAUCUCCCCCCCUGGAUCUCUGAGCCAGCAGACAGGAGGACCUGACCCAGCAGUUCUUUACUGGCCCUUUUGUAGGGUCUUGCUGCCAGGGGACAGGGAUGCUUUCCAGCCUGCAGCAACAGAACACUUGACCUUAAAAGUCUCUUCUGGUCUUUGGAUUAGAAAAGGCUUAUGUUAGCAUAAUUUAAGAGCAACCUCAGAGACUUGAGCCCUACUAAGUGACUGACCACUGUUUAGAGUGUCUAGUAUGUGAUGUUCAUUUAUCCCCAUGUCUUUUGUCACAGUCCAACUAGGAACUAGACUGCCCUAGAGAACAAGACUGAGUGGCUGUAUCGGCCCAGCAGUUUCUUGUUGAUCUUAAUAGUAUGCCUCUUCGUCCUUUUAUCUCCUUAUCCAAGUAGCAGUCAGGUUCUUGGCAUGAUGGGGUCGAGAGAUUCCCAGUUGGCCAUGAUUUUGGCAGCUCUGAAAGCUAACCUUAGCAUCUAAGUGUCUGUCUCGAAUUCCUGGCAGAUUUUCUGCAGGAAAUGAAGCUUCCUUGUUCCCCUCCUUUCUGAACACGGUCAUCCAUUUCCCAGUUAGGGCAACAUGAGGUCGGAGCCAGUCAAUCUAAAAGGAAUUUUGUGGAUGGGAGGCAGCAGGCUUAGCUUCAGCUUGGGCUAGAGCAGUAUAGAAUUUCAGGCCAGGCCCGUAUUUUUAAAAUGUGUUUAAUUUUGAGUUUGGCUCCGUAUAUUUGAACUAUUCCUUAUGUGACAAAGUAAAUAGCGCUUGGGUUCGUGUCCUGGCUUCGGCUUUUAGUGAUUGUUCCAGGCCAGCGUUUAGUAGUUUGAGAAUUGUAACCCCUUAUUUUCGCUGUGACUUGGGCCUCCACCCUAAGGUACUCAGUCAGGCAGCUGGAUCGCUCUGGCCUGAAGCAGCAGUCAGGAGCAUUUCCUGGAGUGCUUCCGAAGCUUCUCUGCUGCUGAAGGGUAAAGUACUGUAGCCUUGGUUUUGGGGACCACCUGCCUAGGACGGUAGAUGCCCUGAUUAGCUGGGCUUCUGAUGGUGGCUUUCUUGUUCCAUCAUAACUCCCAAAGCUGUGGGCCACUGCCAGUGGGUGAGACAAAAUGAAGGACUAGUUGCCUACAUUUUGCCUUGUUAGUUUGCCUGGAUCUCUGAGGAAGGAGGGGUCCCGCCUCCUCACCUCAGCCUAUCCCUUCAGUGACUUGGUGUCUCAGAAGGAAACCUUGACUCCUGGGGCCAUUUCCUAACGGUACUGUAAGCCAAGCAGCUUUGCUUCUGCCUGUUUCCAAGCCCUCCCCUUUCCCCAGGGAUAGGGAUGGGUGCUUUCCUCUCUGGUUGUGUCCGAAAGGAAGGAACAUCUUUCUAUGGCUAACAAAAGCUAAGGGGGAAGUGAGGAGAUGGGAAGAAGCGCGGUGGGGGCGGGGUAGAUUCCCCUGGAGCCGAGCCCACUCAGCUAGCGGACGCUGCCUAGGGCUGGCCAUGGCCGGCUCGUGAUGCUGAACUUGAAAACUUUUUUUUUUCCCUUGGCUCCUCCAAGAUGAUAUAGGUACAUGAAGUUUAGGUUAAAGAGGUGGGAUGGGGCAUGCUUUAUUUUUAUUUCUGUAUUGUGUUAUGUUAAGAAUUACUCUUCAUCUUUGCUUUUUGCACUGUUUGUUCCCCUAUCUGUAAUUUUGAGCUAGUGAGAGAACUGAGAGGCUGCACUUAUGGUGAGGGAGGAGAGGCCUGGGCAUUUCGCCUUGAUUUAUACUCUGUCCCAGGUUUUAGGAGCCCAGCUGGUCAAGACAAGAACAGUCGUAUGACUCUAGUCAGGUGUAUGUGAGGACCACGCAGAGACUUGUGCUGAAGGUGGACUGAGAGUCUGCAGUCUGGUCUGGUCUGGGCCAGGGGCUGGCCAGUCUCUAACUGGGGUCCUAUUCAUGCUGAUGGAAACAUUGUGCCAAGAGACUAUCUAUGGGGUCCAUGUCCUCUAAGCCAAAUCCAUUUUCCUGAAAAGUCUCCACUCCUGAGCAAGAAAAGUUGCUCAGUAGAUACCCUGAGCUCUGGUGAUUUAAAAGAUAAUCUUCAAGUGACUGUGGUGUCAGACUCCCAGGAGGACCAGCCCUGAUCUGCAGGGCCAUCUGUGGAUUGGAGGGUGUGGUCAUGUUCUCUGGCUCUCACUGACCCAGAGAUACCAAAGUCACAUUAGAGGUCUUGUGGGCUUCGAUGAGACGGGAUAGUUUUGAGUUGAGCUAAUCUCCCCCUUUCUGUGCCUGGGAACUGUUUGAUCCAGUUUUGGAAGUGUGGCUUUAUUUCUUUAUCUUUUUGGAGAAACUUCUGUUUUAAGGAAUUUCUCUUUUUGUCCUGCCUGGCCUCUUCUAGGAAGGCCUACCCCUGGCUUCUAGAAUCUCAGCUGAGAACUUCAGAAAACAGCAUCAGUAUUUUUCUUUUCGUAGCACUUAGGUCCCUUUCCCUAGAAAUCGGCUCACCAGGGGAUGCCCAAGGAAAGAGCUAGAAAGUUCUCUCCCUUCCUUGGGCAUUGGGGAAGGACCCACCCCGGUCAGCACAGUGCCUUUUCCUCUCCUGCUCUGAGCCAGGGUGGGCCUUCCCUCUAGAUUCAGGUGUGUGUGAGGGGGGGGUCCUACAGUCCUGGUCUCGGGGCUGCUUCCCUAUGCCGCUUCCCCUUGGCUGGCCUACUCUGACAUAAUUCAAGUGUCUUCUUGCCUUGAGGAGCCUUAAUGGCAUCAAGUGGCAACAUGUAACACUGCCCUGCAUGCCUCCAAAAGGACUGAGGGGAGAGCAGGUGAGACUGAUAGAUGCUCCAGUUUUGUUUUGUUUCUUAAAGAUAGGGCUGGGGGAGGUGUGCUUGGGCCUCCUGCUGUGGCCCCUGAGGAAGGAAAGGGGUGAGACUAAGUGAGAGUGCACUGAAGCAGAACCAGAAACACCCAGGAUCUGUUCAGAAAUCUGCCUCUCUUUGGGGAGAAGAUAUAAUUAGGGAUCAAAGAGCUCUAAGAAAAUUGCAAAGAAGCCUUACUGUUCAAGCUCCGGAGAGACCAGAGCAAUUUUCCCUUUCAGUUUGAGCUAGGACUCUGUAUUUGGACCUCUCCUGGGGCAAGAGGGCUCAGCUUUCUUAUGUUACAAGACCAGCUUGGCACCAAGGGGUCAGCAGCCCGGGGAGGGCGGGUCUCCACACAUGGAGGCUUGCUGCCCUUGUGGUUUGCCCUUCCCCAGCUGCCUUUGUCCAGCUGGCUUUGGGCGGCCAAAUCAUCCUGGUAAGAGCAGAGUUGAGGACUGCCUGGGUUGGCAGGAAAAGAGCAGGCUGGAUCUCUUAGGACAGGUUCCUCCCAGGAGUAUAAAAACAAGAAGCCAGGAUUGCGCUGGCAGCCAGGGAAACACUAGUGCCUGUUCGAGUUGGCAGAGAGGGCCUUGGCACCACUUGCAUCCAGGCAGUCUUGUGAGAUGGGAGCACAUACCACCCGGAAAAGCAGAACUCCAUUCUCACCUCUAUUUUGAGCUUCAGUGCUUUAUUUCAAUGUGAGGAAAAACAACAACAAACUGAAGUGUGCUUUCCGCCCUUUCAAAGGACAACUGUCGGGAAAGGAGUGCUAAGUUGCCAGGUAGGAGGGGAGAAUUGGCAGGAGAGACGUUCUGGCAAAACCAGGAAAGAAACAUUCUUGACUCCCCUGGUGUGUCAUGAUCCAGGGAAUGAGAAGAAAUUGGACCCUGGAUUAGCUCCCUCCUUGGAUCUGAGGAGUGUUACCUUUCCUUUCUAUGAAGGUCUCCCAGGCCAAGACCGGCUGCCCGUUCUGAGCUCAGGGCAGUCUCUGCAGUCAUCAUUGCCUGACCUGGCUUGUCAGGAAACCAACCCUGCCCUUCCACAUCGGGCCUGUGCUCUAUUUGGUACCAAGUAUUGGAGAAAGUGUCAAGUUCUUGGUAGCCCUCGUAGCUCCUACUCUAGUUUCCCAACCUCUCCCUGCAGAGGUCAAACAACUCUUUGUAGCCACAUGCAUUUACAGCAGCAGCACAGCAAGAUGUACUUGAGGGGCUUUGAACCUGGCUGGCCAGGGAAGCAGUGGGGGUGGAUAGAGCUGUCUUUCCUUCUGGGCUGUCUCCAUCUGUCCCUACCCCUUCCGUGCCCCACCCCACUCCCACCAAAAAGUAAAAACAUCAGGAUGUUUUUCACUGUCCAUUGCUUUGUGUUUUAAUAAACAAUUUGCAGUGACA